AUGGUAGUUCUAUUUGAACCUGAAAAUGGGUUCAUCAAUUCGUUGAAGUGUUUAUUUGGUAGAUUCCCUAAGGUUGAUAGUAAGUUUAGCAAAGAAGAGAGGUUAGAAUUAGAUUUUAAAGAUCCUUUCGUUAAGGGAUUCUUCACUUCUUACAAUGAGAUUAUUAAAUUAAAUGAUAGGAGACCUAAUGUGUCCUUGGAUGAUGUUAAAAUAAUCAAGAGUAUACCACCUAUUAAAGAUUUCAAGCCUCCAAAGUACCCUGUUGUUUUAUGCCAUGGUUUGUCAGGUUUUGAUAGAUUGAUUUUGGUACCUUCAGUUUAUCAAUUGUUUCACUUAGUUGCUAACUCGAUGACUAUGAGUACUGUCUAUGAUGUGAUGGGUUAUGAAGAUGAUGAGAAUUUGAAAAUUGGUGCUAUUGAGGUGGAAUACUGGCAUGGUAUCAAGGAUAAACUUGAAGAGAAAGGUUGUACCGUUCUAACUGCCAAGGUACCCAGUUUUGGUAGUGUGGAACAAAGGGCUGCUGUAUUAAAUACAUUUAUUGAAACAAAAGUUAAAGGUUUAUUGAGUUCUGGGUAUGUAAUGGAGGAAUCAUCAGAUACUGGUGAUUCAGAAAAUAGACUCAAAUUGAAUUUUAUAGCACAUUCCAUGGGUGGCCUUGAUUGUAGGUAUUUAAUCGCUAAAAUACCCAGUAAAUCUUACCAAGUUGCAAGUCUAACUACUAUCUCCACCCCACACCAAGGUUCAGAGAUGGCAGAUUACGUGGUAGACAAAUUCGAAGAAUUCAGAAGAAACUCACCUUUAAAAUAUAGCCCCCUUCUUUUACCAGAUCCAUUCUAUCAAUUGACUACUUACUACAUGCAAUAUUUCAAUGCAAUGGUACAUGACGAUCCAAACGUCGAGUAUUUCUCAUAUGGUUCAUUUUUUUAUCCUAAAUGGCAUAAUUUAUUCUAUCCAUCUUGGAAGAUUAUUGAUGAAUUGUCUGACGGUCAACCAAACGAUGGAUUAGUAACAGUAAGAAGCAGUUGUUGGGGAAAAUUUCUGGGUGCCCUAUACAAUUUCGACCAUAUGGAUAUCAUCAACUGGAGAAAUAGGUUAGAAAUAGAUUUCAGGAACUUCAUUGAUGAAAUAGAUGAUCAAAGAACUGACAAAACUAAAAAUGAUAUCAAUGCUCUAGAUUUUUACUUGAUGAUUGCUGAUGACUUAGCUAAAAAAGGGUUUUAA